AUGGAAGGCUCAGUACCACCAUCGUCUUCAACAAUUUCAAGAACUGCUCUUCUGGUUUUGAGGGUUCUGACCUUUGUAUUCCUUCUCAUAGCUCUCAUUCUCAUUUCCAUCAACAAGGGAUCUGAAGUUUUAGAAAAUGGCGAUAGUCUUAAAAUCAAGUUCAGUGAUCUUCGCACCUAUCGAUACAUGAUCGCCUCAAUUGUGAUUGGGUUUGCAUAUAACCUUUUUCAAAUGGCACUCUCAAUCUUCAAUGUAGUCUCUGGAAAGCGUCUUAUAAGUGGUGAUUUUGGCUACCAACUUGACUUCUAUGGUGAUAAGAUUAUAUCAUACAUAUUGGCAACAGGAGCAGCAGCAGGAUUUGGUGCAACCAUGGAUGUGCACAGUGCGCUUAGUGGCCUAAUUGGCCUUCCUUUUGACAGCUUCUUUGAGAAGGCAAAUGCUUCUGCAAGUCUUCUCUUUGUUGGAUUUCUAUUCACAGCCAUUGCUUCUGUUUACACUUCCUAUGCAUUGCCCAAAAAAACUUAAUUACAUAAAUCAAGUGUAGUAUAACGGGGAUUUGUAUGCUCGUUC